AUGCCUGACUCGAUUGCCGAACCAUAUACAAUCCCAGUCUUUUACGCUCGUUCCCACUUCACCGAACAUCCCCUCCUUCCAGUCCACAGCGCCGGCCCACACAAUAACAGGCAAUCUCACGAAAUCGAACUAAACGAAUACCAGUCGGAGAUCCCACAUCACACAGACGAAAAGCGAGACGAGGAAGAGAGCAAAGAGGCAGAGCAAGUGGAAGAGGAAGAGGAAGACUCCGAGACUGACACAUCCGAAAAAGACCACCUUGUGGUUGCGGAAGGCUCUGAUUCCCCUAUGCAACGCAGGAAGUCCAAGAAGAACAAGGACCAGAGAUCGUCACCUCGUCCAGAUCUUCGCAUUGAGAUCGGUCAGAACGGUCACGCGAAUGGCCACGCAAACGGCGACAUGAAUUCCCAUAUUGAGAUGAGACGCAAACACGUCUCAAGCGACGAUCCCGAGACAAACACCACCAGACUUAUGAGCAGAAAUGACUUUUCACUCGACCAUGAGCCGGCCGCCCCUCAAACGCCGCAAACCCCUGGUAUGGUCAACACCAGCUUCGUCGACCUACCUCCAAAAGACAAGAAGAAUUUCCUCCUUCUCUGCCUCCUGUAUUUCCUCCAAGGCAUUCCCAUGGGUUUGGCCUCGGGUUCUGUCCCGUUUCUAUUAAAAAGUUAUCUGUCAUACGGUCAAAUUGGUAUCUUCUCUUUGGCCAUAUACCCUUACUCGUUGAAACUGCUGUGGAGUCCGAUCGUGGACGCUGUUUGGAGUAGGAGGUUUGGACGCAGAAAGAGUUGGAUCACCCCUAUUCAAACAAUCUCCGGACUCUCCAUGAUUUACCUGGGAGGCAGAAUCGAUGAGAUGAUGACCGCUACAGGCGACAAUGACGGAGCUGGGGUCUGGGGCUUCACUGGCUGGUGGUUCCUUCUGGUCUUCAUGUGCGCCACUCAGGACAUUGCAGUGGACGGAUGGGCCAUUUCACUUCUCUCCAUCCAGAACAUAUCAUAUGCCUCAACGGCGCAGACAGUCGGCUUGACGGCAGGCUCUUUCCUGUCGCACACCGUCUUCCUCGCGCUACAGGCACCGGAUUUCGCGAAUAGGUGGUUCAGGACUGUCCCCAAGGAAUACGGCCUCUUCACGCUCGGCGGCUACAUGACCUUCUGGGGCUGGGUUUACCUCAUCGUAACAGUGGGCUUGGCCAUCUUGAAAAGAGAAGAGAAGAACAACGAGCGUGAGGGAAUUAUGGACGUAUACCGAACCAUGUGGGCAGUGCUCAAACUCCCCAACGUCCUCACCAUCAUUGCCGUUCACCUUGUCAGCAAACUCGGCUUUGUGACCAACGAUGCAGUCACGAAUCUCAAGCUCCUGGACAAGGGCUUUGGACAAGCGAAUAUGGCCCUGGUUGUGCUCAUUGAUUUCCCCUUUGAACUGGGCUUGGGAUACUACGCCGGGAAAUGGUCCACAGAGUACACACCGCUGAAGGUAUGGUGUUGGGCUUAUGCUGCUCGGCUCCUCGCGGCAGUCUUUGGGCAGAUAACAAUUAUGAUCUAUCCGACUGCACCCGACGAGGCCGUUCCGGUGUGGUACAUGCUGGUGGUGAUUGCCGCACACGUUUCGUCAACAUUCAUGAAUACCGUCAUGUUUGUUGCUUCGGCUGCGUUUCACGCUCGCAUUGCUGAUCCAACGAUUGGCGGAACAUACAUGACAUUAUUGGCUACUGUCUCGAAUCUCGGUGGGACGUUCCCGAAAUUCUUCAUCCUCAAACUGGUUGAUCUCUUUACGAAAGCGACCUGCAUUCCACCGGCCGACCCGGACGCAUUCCUCAAAUCUCAUCCGGACGCCACGCUCGUCACCAGCAGUUUCAGUUGUGCUCUUGAAGCAGACAAAAAUGUCUGCUUGAAGGGAGGUGGGACCUGCCUGAUGCAACGUGAUGGAUACUACAUCACCAAUGUCAUUUUUGUGAUUAUCGGAGCGGUAUUGUUUUGGACUUAUGUGGAGAGGAAAGCACUGGCGCUGCAAGCGUUGCCGCUACGUGCAUGGAGAGUAGGGGACCACUCAUACCGUCGUGUGCCGUCGGGUUGA